AAAGAACUUGCAAGACCUUCAAAAUGGAAAUGGAUCAGUCAAAGGCAAAACCAGAGGGUGAAGUGCCAUUGGGUUCAAAAAUUAGAUACCCAUUUGGAGGAGGAGGGGCUCAGAGAGGGCUGCCCAUAGUGGACUUAGUGCUGAGAGUAGUAGCACUCAUGGGUACUCUGUGCAGUGCCAUUGUAAUGGGCACAGCCAAUCAAACUCUCCCCUUUUCAACUCAGUCGACUCAAUUCAAAGCCGUUUAUAAAGAUCUCCCUAUGUUUAUGUUUUUCGUGCUUGCGAAUUCGGUAGCCUGUGCGUAUCUCUUUAUUUCGCUACCUCUAUCCAUCUUCCAAAUGGUGAAAGUUGCAUCAGUCACUCCAAGGCUCACUUUGCUCAUCUUUGACACGAUGGCUAUGGCUCUUGUGACGGCCGGCGCUUCGGUUGCGGCGUCUGUGGUUUACUUGGCGUAUCAGGGCAACAACGUUGUCAAUUGGGCUUCGUUUUGCUCCCAAUUCAACUCCUUUUGUCGACGUAGCUCUCAAUCUUUAAUUGGCUCUUUUGGUGCCGUUCUUGUUUUGGUGCUUUUAAUUACUCUUUCGGCUAUAGCUAUGUCUCGACGCAUCAUGAACAUUCAACCUUAUAAUUUAUGA